GGAGCAUGGCGGCCGCGAGGCCGCUGUCCCGCUUCUGGGAGUGGGGCAAGAACAUCGUGUGCGUGGGCAGGAACUACGCCGAGCACGCCGAGGAGAUGCGCAGCGCCCUGCCGCGCGAGCCGCUGCUCUUCCUGAAGCCGUCCAGCGCCUACGCGCCCGAGGGCGCGCCCGCGCUCCUGCCGGCCCACUGCCGCCUGCUGCACCACGAGCUCGAGCUGGGCGUGCUGCUGGGCCGGCGCGCCCGCGCGGUGCCCGCGGCCGCCGCCAUGGACUGCGUGGCCGGCUACGCGCUGUGCCUGGACAUGACCGCCAGGGACGUGCAGGACGAGUGCAAGAGGAAGGGGCUGCCCUGGACGCUGGCCAAGGGCUUCACGGGGUCCUGCCCGGUCAGCGCCUUCGUGCCGCGGGAGCGGAUCCCCGACCCGCACGGCCUGCGGCUCUGGCUCAAGGUCAACGGCGAGCUCCGGCAGGAGGGACACACGUCGGCCAUGAUCUUCCGCAUCCCCGACAUCAUCAGCUACGUGUCCAGGAUCAUGGCGCUGGAGGAGGGCGACCUCAUCCUGACCGGGACGCCCAAGGGGGUGGGGCCGGUGCGCGAGCACGACGAGCUGGAGGCCGGCAUCGAGGGCGUCGUCUCCAUGCGCUGCCGGGUGCAGAGGCCGGACUACUGACCGCCCCGCCCCGCCCAGCGCGAGGCUGUGGGGAAGUCAGGACCAGAGAGCCGGGGCGGCCCCCGGGCCCGGCGACUGGCCGGGCCGGCCAGGUGUCGCCACCAGGUGUCUCCUCAUCGCCCUCCGGGUGGCGCUGAGAGGCCCCGGCCGCCGCAGCGCCAGCGCGUCCAGCCGGGGCUGACCCCAGGGCGCGGCAGACCCCUCCUGGCCCGCCCGCCGCCCCCUCGGCAGUGGACUGCGUCCGGCGGCCCG